GGUCAUUAAGUAACUGGGAAAGGCUGUUUCCAGCGAAAUCAAGGCAGUCCAAAGCUAGUCAUCAGUUGUCCCAAAGUUGUGGUGUCUUUGUAUCAGUCCUCCUAUUUUCCUGCUGUAGACUCCAUACGAGAGCCUCCUCCAGCACUAGUUCCCACCUAAGUAUCUCCUCAUCUGCAACCUUCACGAUAUAUUUUCUCCCUUCAGCAGAGAUCUAUAUUUACUUAUGUCUAGCAAUGUCGCGUACUAGAGAAGGAGGGAAGCGCUGCGUUAUACUCAUUGUGGAAUUGACAUUAAUCACGACACCAUGGUCCAUGCUCGUGCUGGAUGCCGGGCUGUUGAGAUGCGUCCACUCGAUUUCAGCUACAAGGAACACUGCACUUUGUCAGCCACAUCAUGAUGCGGCUGGGAUUCCUGGACUGGACAUUCAAGGCUUCCUCAGCGCAAUCUCGCAUCUUUUGUCAGAGUUAAGGUCACCAAGGGUCCAGGACUUGUCAGGGUCCCGUGCGCGUGCACGUGUUGGCGGGAACACGUCGUCGGAGUCGAACUGCACUUUGUCUACUCCACCAUGGGCCAAUGCACCAGCUCAUCAUUCCAGCACAAUAGAAUCUACCCUAAAGAGCCGUGGGGCUCACGUCGUCAAUGAGAACAUCGGCGUGGUCUGUGUCCAGGCUAAAGAGGUUCACCCGUGGAUUCAGCGGGACAUCGAGCAGGUUAAGCAAUGUAGGGCAGAUGCCAUGCUGGAAGCCCUCCUGCAUCACACUUCUUGCGCUGCAGAGACUAAACAGCCUGAGCUCCUGCAAAGUGCCCCAUGGAAAUUGUGCCGGUCUGCAAUGGACAGGCCUCUGCUGGAGACAUAUUCUUCGGGUGUCGUCCAGGAUUGGGUGGUGGCCAAGAUCUUGUUGGGGGAUGCGAAUCGCACUAGCGAGCCGGAGAUCCUGAAAAAAGUCAAGGAGAUCACUAAGCUGCACGAUACACAUGCAGGUCACCUUGAUCUGUGGAAGGAAGGUGUCUAUCAUCAAGAUAUCACCCCUGGAAACUUGAUGUGGUAUAGUAAAAACGGCAAACUGAUUGUGCAAAGGCUCAACGAGGCGGAGUCUAAACACCUGUAUCGCCAUGAUCUGGAGUCUUUUAUUUCCUGGGUUUUCUUGCAUUACAGGCAGGGAGUCAUUCUACCACGCGGAUCGCACCCCUUUGAUGAGUGGGCGACUUUAGACGCCAUUAAUGUUUUGAGGCGCUCGAUACAGCUGCCUACAAUCCCCGGACUUGCGUUCGCCAUAUUCACCAGCGAUCGACGGACAGGAGCAGGCGAGCGGACAAACGAUGAAGAAUCAGUAUCAGAUAUGGAUGAUUUGCUACACAAAUUCACAGUGACCCAAAGGCCCGUGGGUUCCAGCUGGGGUGCAGAGCGUGGCAUCACAAUGACCGUACCACGACUGAAUAUAGAGACGGAGCGGCAAGAUAAAAAGACGGAGUGGGAACAACAGCAGGGCAGAGGAGAAAACCGACAGUGGGAGAGAUACGAAAGACGGCAGGUUGAUGUUGAUGCAGGGAGAUAG